CAUUGGCACGCGCAGUACAGCCAACUGAAUGCACGUACAGGCGAAGAAUGAAGAAGACGAGGAGGAAGAAGAAUGGCUCCCGUGGGAGAGGCCACCUCGCUCAUCGCCCAGCAUUCCGCGUCCGGCACAUCGAAACGCGCGGCGCCAGCCCCCUCCGAAGACGACAUCCGGCUGCCCUACGGCUUCGGCAGCUUCCAGUUGUUCAUCAUGUUCGGCACGAUCGUCGCCGGUGCCACGUUCACGCUGCACGACGAGAGCUUCCGAUUGACCGCGGGCGUUAUGGACCACUGGUGCCGACGACCGGCCGAGUUCGCCAACCUCAGCGUCGCCGACUGGAAGGAGAUGGCCAUCCCGCUGAACGAGGACGGGGUGUACAGCCACUGCGUUGUCCGCGACCCGCCCAACGGAGGCCUCCUGUCCCGCGUGGUUCCCUGCACGUCGUGGGAGUACGACCUCACCACGUACGGCAACAACAUCGUCUCCGAGUGGAACCUCGUGUGCGACCGCCGCUGGAUCGUCGACCUGGCGCGGGUCGCCUACUCGAUCGCCUGCAUCGCGUCCCUCGUCGUGUUCGGAGUCGCGGCCGACCACGUCGGUCGCCGGAUCAUCGUCUUCGUCGCUGUGCCCAUCGUGCUAGUAGCCGGGGUCGGCGGCAGCCUGCCCAAAGACCUGCACUUCUUCGUGGCCGUGCGUUGCGUGAUCUCGGCGGCCGCCAGCGCCCUGCUUCCGCCCCUUCUGGCGCUCAUGUACGAGGUGUCACCCACGAGAACGAUACCAGCCUACACCGUCGCAACCUGGGUCGUCACAAUCAUCAUGGUUCCCCCGACGCUAGCGGCUGCCCAGGCUGUCAAGGGGGGCUGGGCCGCCACCCAUCUCGUGGUCAUGCUUCCCACGUGCCUCCUGGUUGUCCUGUACUACACCAUAGAUGAGUCGCCCGCCUGGCUUCUGGUCCGCGGGAGGGUCGAGGAGGCCGAGCGCAUCGCGUCGCGAGCGGCCAGGAUGAACGGCCUGCCGGCCGGAAGGUGCGACCUUACGGGCGCGCAACGUUACCUGCAGGAACACGAAGAGAGAUCCCGCGACGACUCCGGCGGCGCCUGGCUCCUGUGUUCCGAGCGGCUCCGGAUGCGCACGACCCUGCUGAUGUUCUGCUGGACCGCACUGGCAUACUGCUACGUGAGCUUCAUCUUCAGCGACGAAAUAUUCGUCAGCGUUAUAGUGGUCAUCAUCGACAUGUUCCUGACCACCGGCGCUGCCAUCGUGGUGGCCCGGUGCGUUCCGCGCUACGGCUUUAAGCGCCUCGUGGUCGCCUCGGCGCUCCUCUUCGCCGUGAUGUCGACCGCGCUGUCCGCCGUCUACACGGACGAAGAGACCAUCUUGCGCAACGCGCUGCUGCUGGUCAUAAGAAUGGCGGGCAACGUGACGCUCAUGUUCUUCAUCACUCUGGCGGCCAACUGCUACUCCGUCGGCAUCCACUGUACGAGUCUGGGCGCCGGUCUUGCCUGCAGCCGUCUCGGCGACACCAUGGCGCAAAUGGUUCCCCGGAUUUUCCACGGGUUGCACGCCGAGGCGCAUCUAGCCAUCGCGUCCAUACUGAUGACGCUGUUCGCGGCCGCUACGCAGUUCCUGCCCGCGGAGUCGGACUGGAAACGACGCGCUUCACUCGUGUCCGCCAAGAGUGCUGUUAGCGAGGCCACUGGCGAGGAGCUGAGACAUAUGCUGCAGGACUCGCUGGUACCGCUGCCCAAGGCACCAUUGCGACCGCACCAUUCCAGCAGCAAGGGCGACAAAAAGCCACACCCACCCACGGAAUACGGCCCCUAUACUUGUAGUCGGCUUGCGGCGCGUGACGUUUAGCGCUCGGCUCACAUUUGAACGUGGCUUUGCUUUUCCUUUGAACUUUCUCAUGGACGAUUCUUAUUUACUUUGUUUUUAUGUAUUGCGAGAGAAUACGUUUGAAAUGAGAAACGCA